GCCUUGCUUGCCAGGGGAGAGGGGCUGAGCAGCCAGGCAGACAUCGCCUUCUCCUUCUCCUUCCUCUGGGUCCGAGCUGCCCCUUCGCCGGCUUCAAUGAAACUGGCAGCGAUGAUCAAGAAGAUGUGUCCCAGCGAGGCCGAGCUGAGCAUCCCCGCCAAGAACUGCUACCGCAUGGUCAUCCUGGGCUCCUCCAAGGUGGGCAAGACAGCCAUCGUCUCGCGCUUCCUCACCGGCCGCUUCGAGGAGCAGUACACACCCACCAUCGAGGACUUCCACCGCAAGUUCUACAGCAUCCGUGGCGAGGUCUACCAGCUUGACAUCCUGGACACCUCGGGCAACCACCCCUUCCCAGCCAUGCGCCGUCUCUCCAUCCUCACAGGAGACGUGUUCAUCCUUGUAUUCAGCCUGGACAACCGAGACUCCUUUGAGGAGGUGCAGCGCCUGAAGCAGCAAAUCCUGGAGACCAAGUCGUGCCUGAAGAACAAAACCAAGGAGAACAUAGAGGUGCCCCUGGUCAUCUGUGGCAACAAGGGCGACCGGGACUUUUACCGAGAGGUGCAACCCCGAGAGAUAGAGCAGCUGGUGGGAGGGGACCCCAAAAAAUGUGCCUACUUCGAGAUCUCAGCCAAGAAGAACAGCAGCCUGGACCAGAUGUUCCAAGCGCUCUUUGCCAUGGCCAAGCUGCCCAGCGAGAUGAGCCCCGACCUGCACCGCAAGGUCUCAGUCCAGUACUGUGACAUCCUGCACAAGAAGGCACUGAAAGGCAAGAAGCUGCUGAAGGAGGGAGGCCGGGGCAGCACGGAGGAGGCCUAUGGCAUCGUGGCCCCCUUCGCCCGGCGACCCAGCGUCCACAGCGACCUCAUGUACAUCCGGGAGAAGGCCAUCGGUGGUGGGCAUGGCAAGGAGAAGGACCGCUGUGUGAUCAGCUAGGAGCCCCCGCGGGAUGGGAGGAAGGAAGGGAGGAAGAGAGGGAGGGAGGAAGGGAGGAAGGAAGGGAGAGGGGAAAGAUGCUCGUUUCCAAACUGCCCACCUGGGCAGAGAGAGGGUCGCCUCUUCCCCAGCCUCCCUCCUCCUGAGGGAUCACUUUCAUCAACUCCCCGCGCCACCCUGGGAGUGAAUUUUGGGAGAGAGGGAAGCGAAAGGGGAGGCUUUGGAGGGCAGGACAGGGGUGUUGCUGAGACCACCCUCCUCUGGACAGAGAGACAGGGAAAGGCUGAGCUGCUGGGCGGCCAGGUGGGAGGGUGAGCAUGGAGGACACAGACCUUGGCGUUUCUUUCCCUCCCAAACCACCCAGCCUCAGGCAUUGCCCUCAGGAGGGAGGGCAGAGGCCUGCCAGUGCCUGCCUGGGGCUUUGGGGUUGGUUUUUUAUUUGGUUUGGUUUGUUUGUUUGUUUGUUUUUUUAACUUGAGAAGCUGUGCACAGACUCUGUCUCUGUGUUGUGUGUUCGUCUGUGUCUGCAAAACACGUGCAGAAGACACUCCUGUUGCAAAGACAUUGCAGAGUUACAGCCCCGAUGGACCAAAAAACUGACUCUUGUUUACAUUUGUCUUGUCUGAUUUGCAAGAUCUGGGGGGUGGGGGGGAUGAGUGGGAAGGGUUUUUUAAAUAAAAAAACAAUAGGCACUUUAUGUAGGUAUUGCUUGUCAUUGACAUGAACAAAAAAAAUCUUCAAGUGUUUCUACCGUGGGUGAAACUUGAUGUUUUAUUUUUUCUACAAAUUAAUAAAAUCUUUUUAAAAUGACA